AUGGCUGCUCUUGGUAUCACCAUUGCCCUGUUGGUGUGGGUGGCCAUCCUCCUGCUCAUAUCCUUUUGGAAGCAGAUCCACAGCAGCUGGAACCUGCCCCCAGGACCUUUCCCACUUCCUAUUUUUGGGAAUUUUUUCCAGGUGGAUUUGAAGGAUAUUCCUAAGUCCUUUGCCAAGCUGGCAGAGCGCUAUGGACCAGUGUUCACACUGCAUAUGGGUGGCCGCCCUGUCGUGGUUCUGCAUGGUUACAAGGCUGUGAAGGAGGUGCUGCUGAACCACAAGAAUGACUUCUCUGGCCGAGGGGAGAUCCCUGUGUUCGAGGGGCACAAGGACAAGGGAGUUAUUUUUAAUAAUGGACCCACCUGGCGGGAUGUCCGGCGGUUUUCCCUCACCACCCUCCGGGACUAUGGGAUGGGGAAACAGGGCAAUGAGGCGCGGAUCCAGAGAGAGGCCUACUUCUUGGUGGAAGAACUCAGGAAGACUCAGGGCCAGCCCUUUGACCCCACCUUUCUCAUUGGCUGUGCACCCUUCAACGUCAUAGCAGACAUCCUUUUCAACAGGCGUUUCGACUAUAAUGACAAACAGUGUCUGAGGCUCAUGAGCUUGUUCAAUGAGAACUUCUACCUGCUAAGUACCCCUUGGCUCCAGCUUUAUAAUAAUUCAGGAGGCUUCUUACACUUCCUGCCUGGAAGCCAUAAAAGGAUUAUUAAAAAUGUGUCUGAGAUAAAACAGUAUACAUUGGAGAGAGCCAAGGAACACCUUCAGUCUCUGGACCUCAACUGUUCCAGGGAUUUGACUGACUGUCUACUCAUGGAAAUGCAGAAGGAAAAACACAGCACGGAACCUGUAUACACAAUGGAAAAUAUUUCUGUGACCUUGGCUGACCUGUUCUUUGCAGGGACAGAGACCACAAGCACAACUCUGAGAUAUGGGCUCCUGAUUCUCAUGAAAUACCCAGAGAUAGAAGAGAAACUUCAUGAAGAAAUCAACAGGGUCAUUGGGCCAAGCCGCAUCCCUGCUGUCAAAGACAGGCUGGAGAUGCCCUACAUGGAUGCUGUGGUGCAUGAAAUUCAGCGAUUUAUCAGCCUCGUGCCUUCGAAUCUGCCCCAUGAAGCAACCCGGGACACCAUGUUCCAAGGAUACCGCAUUCCCAAGGGCACAGUUGUAAUUCCAACGCUGGACUCUGUGUUGUAUGACAACCAAGAAUUUCCAGAACCAGAGAAGUUUAAACCAGAUCACUUUCUGAACGAAAAUGGAAAGUUCAAGUACAGUGACUAUUUCAAGGCAUUUUCUGCAGGAAAACGAGUGUGUGUUGGAGAAGGUCUGGCCCGCAUGGAAUUGUUUCUGCUCCUCUCUGCUAUUCUGCAGCAUUUUAAUCUGAAGUCUCUGGUUGAGCCAAAGGAUAUUGACCUUAGCCCUAUUGCAAUUGGCUUUGGCCGCACACCACCACACUAUAAGCUCUGUGUUGUUUCCCGCUCUUGA